UAAGUUUCCCAGUCUCCUGAAAUAAGCUCCUAAUUGCUCACCUUUCACUAAAGCUGAAAACUCAAAGGAAAAUACACCAUGAGGCUGCCCCUGAGUGUCCUGCUGGUCACUCUGGCUCUUUGCUGCUAUGAGGCCAAUGCAGUGCCCUGUCCAGAUGUAAUAGCUGAUUUCUCAGAGUACCUCUUUCUACCUGCAUCUGUCUACAAAAUAACACUUGAGAAAUAUAACCCACCUCCAGAAGUCAUUCAGGCCAAGAUGACAGUGAAGGACUGCUCGGAUCAGAUUUCUUUUAAACACAGAGGGCUAAUUGCGUUAGCAUUGGAGGCAAUCCUGGUGAAAUGUGGCCUAUGAAUCUUAUAUACUAAUAUGUCUGUAUUUCAAUAAUCACCUCUUCUGGAAAAUGUAAAGGUUUCAACAUCUUCCUUCAAUAAAUCAAUUUCCCUGCACUUUUA